AUGGGUGUGACCAAGACUACGAUCACGGAGGGCACUGGCGCGGUGCCUUCUCCUGGUGACCGCGUUUCCAUCGAGUACACCGGCUGGCUCAAGGACACCUCCAAGCCCGGCAACAAGGGUGACCAGUUCGAUUCGUCCGUCGGCCGUGGGGAUUUCGUCGUUGCCAUUGGCACCGGCGCCGUGAUCAAGGGCUGGGAUGAGGGCGUUACCCAGAUGAAGGUUGGCGAGAAGGCCACGCUCGAUAUCACGCCCGACUAUGGCUAUGGUUCUCACGGGUUCCCCGGCGCCAUUCCCCCCAACUCGGCUCUCAUCUUCGACGUUGAGCUGAAGGCCGUCAAGAAGGCCUAA